AUGAGUGAUAAAAAGGAUUCAAAGAAAAAUCCAUAAGAUAAAUUGGAUGCUAUACUUGAUGGUGAUGAAACAGGUGAUGAAGGAGAUAUUAAAAUAGAUAUUAGUGAUCCUCCAAUGGUGUAGUAAAAUCUAAAUGCAAAUCAAAAAGAAGCUGAACUUGAUGACUUACCUAAUUCUCACCUCUAAGUCUUUGAUCCUAUUCCUAAUCAUGGCACCAAUACAGAACAUGCAAAGGAGAAAAGAAAAAGAUAGGAUGCAUUAUAAGAAUACAAGAAUUUAAAGGCUAAAAUAAAAGAAUCAUCUAAGCUCAAUAUACUUUUCAUUAUGGAUAUCACUGGAUCUAUGGACUCUUACCUCCUAGAGACAGUUAAUAGCAUAAAUCUGAUCAUGGAAUAUGCAACAAAAAUUUGCGAGGGACAAGUUUUAAUCGGAUUUCUUGGCUAUAGAGACUUUUGCGACAAGGAAAAUUAGUUCUAGAUUCAUAAUUUUACUGACAAUGUUGAUGAACUCAAGAAGAAAAUAUCAGAAAUUUAAGCAGAUGGAGGAGGAGAUACAGCUGAGGAUGUGACUGGAGCAUUAGAACAGGUCCAACUCAUGGAAAAUAAUAUCAUAAUGAAGACGGCUUUAUUGGAGAUGACCUUAAGGACUCUAUAAUAGACGGCAGUCUAGAGGAGACUGUGA